AGCAUCUCUGUCGACACACGCUGAUCUCAGGACAGCAAACACACACACACACAGAGAGAGAGUUGUGACCGGCUCAAGAAAUAUCUGUAUGGAUUGUUAAAGAGACUUUGUGGACUGCGUCUGAUUCUUUACAUCUGGAAACUUUGAGGAGACUGGCGCUCUGUGUUUGGGGACAUCAUCAUCAUCACCAGCGCUGUCCAGUGAGGAUGAGGAUGUUGUGUUGCAGACGGGUUCUCCAGCAGUGGGUCUUUGCUCUGUUUUUACUGUGUUCUCCUGUCCCGCACCACGGCCGGCCCGUCGAUGCCCUCAGCAGCCGAAUGAAGCGUUCAGUGACCCACGCUCAGCUGAUGCAUGACAAAGGCCGAACGCUGCAGGAUUUUAAGCGGCGCAUGUGGCUGCAGGAGCUCCUGCAUGAGGUUCACACCGCAGAGAUCCGGGAGGCGCAGCAGCCCAGGGGCGGAGUCAGCAUAAGCAGUGGCGCAGGGGGUGGGGUCGGGGCUGGAGUCUCUAUCACACUGCCUGCGGGAGUGGGCGUGUCGACUGGAGCAGGCACCGCCCACCCCAAACCCGCUGGCGGCACCAAGAACCUGCCGAUGGGCUUCGGGCUGGAGGACGAGGAGGGCACAAACCUCCCGCAGGAGACCCACAAAUCCCAGAACUACAAGGAGAACAUGAUAAAGGGUAUGAGGAGGAAGAAGAAGGGGCGCACGGGGAAGAGGAGAGAAGGAGAAAAGAGGAAGAGAAGAGCUCGAUCACUGCAGGAGUUCAGCAGCGGCAUCCAUCUGCAGCCAUACAGCUGUUAAAACACUGUCAGACUCUGACGACGAUUGCGAGGACUUCAGAAAUGGACGCCUAAAUGCUCACGUCCACUGUAAAAGUGAGAGGAAAUAUUUAUUGCCUGUAAAUAAUCUCAAAGUGACGAAGACUAAUAUCGAUACUGCAUUAUUUCAGCUCCGCGGAGCCACAGAUUUGGAUCCUUGUGAAUACUUUGCUUUAUUUUUAGUUUGAUUUUCCUGUUUAUCCUUUUAUUUUAGGACUAUGCCUCUAUUACGCUGUCAGAAUUCCUGUAAUUUAUUUUGUUUGAAUGGUGUAUUUAUUUUGUAAAGGUAUCAAGGUGCUGCUGACCUUCUAUAUUUUUGUACUAUAAUGCACUUUAGAUAUAUAAAUCUAGAAAUAUAUAACAAGUCAUGUUGUUUAAUGGAUGUGUUUUGUGGUUGAGUUGAAUGAAGAAGACUGCAGAGUCACCCUGUUUAUCAGCUUUCACAUCUGUGUUUCUGUCACAAACCCUAGUGAGCUCCCUGUCUAGGCAGGGUCUGUGGAGAUGUUCACUAUUAAGGGUCCGCAUUGCAGAAAGGGCAGUGUUUGAGCUGUGUGUAAAAUGUGCAUCUAUUUAGAUUCAAGUUUUUACCAAAAAAAAUAAUAAAUCUGAUCAUUGAAACUUCUAUAUUUAUAUUCAAACUAUUUUUCAACCCAUAUUCAUAAUCAUAAAGUCAAAUAUGAACCAUAAACUCAUAUUUCUGUAUUCAAAGUUCUGCUAUUGUUUACCAACACAUUUAGUAUUGGGUUUUAUUUAAAUAAUCUUUUUUAAUGCAUUCAUUAAAUUCCGAUACUCUCUUUAAAAUGCAUGGUUGUUUUUUUAACCCAAUGUUGGGUCAAAUAUAGACAAACCCUCAACAUUUGGUUAAUAUUUUAAAUUUGAUACAUAUUUUCUGUUAAAAUCUCAUUUAAAUGAUGUUUUUUUUAACCAACAGUUUGAUUUUUCUUGUAUUUGACCCAACACUGGAUUUGUUCAGAUUUGACCUAACAUUGGCUUAAAACAACCCUGCAUUUUAUAGUGUGUACAACUGGAAUAAUGUUCAGAAGUGCAUUAUUAAACACACUGCAUGAUUUUGUCAGGUAUGAUGUGAACAUCUAUGUUGAUCCUGGAACAUCAUUUGUGUUGAAAACAUAAUCCAUACCUGUUCCCUACCCCUAAACCCAACCAUAACUGUAAGUUAUUCCCAAA